AUGUCGGACAACAUGGUCGUUGAGCAGGCGUGGGCCUUGGUGGAAAACCACUUUGACCUCCAAGAACUUUUCGGAGAGGUCGGAAGGCUCUUCUUGGAAGAGCAAGCUGCCAAGAAGUGUUUGCACACGAUGGCGAUUUCUAUGUCUGUUUUAGCUGGCCUAGCCCCAUUAGCGAAUGGAGCGCAGGUGAGAAUAUGGACAGAACCAACGCCAUUGGUCCUAGCCACAGUUCUCAUCAACCCUCCGCAGAGCCGAAAAAGUCAAACCACCAGCUUGCUCCGGGAACUUGGCACGGUGAUCGACCAGACUUGUCAUGAGCGGGAGCGGGCACGCGUGCUUCAGCGUCAUCCUGCAGCAGAAGAGGAUAUUCAGACCGAGACCCUUCCGUCGAAUGUCUUAGAAGGCUUCACGCCAGAGGCUUUUUUCGAAGCAGUCAGUGGUGAUUACUCUGUGAAGAAAAAGAGUGGCCGAGUUUGGGGACCUGGUGGAUACGGCCGCUUGGCAAACGUGGAUGAGGUUUACCCCAGUUUCCUUGCAUUCGGCCUACUGACUGGGAAUGAUGCCAACAAGUCCUCGCAUGGAAAAUCUCCUGCUGGUAUCAAUUCAGCCACAAGCCUUUUGAAUCGGUUUUUCCAAACCGGAGGAAGUAGCAGAUUGACACGCACGGGUGGAGCCUACGGAAGCGCUGCUGCGUGCAGUGUGUCUUUCGCAUUGGUCGGAAAUGCUCAUCCAACUACUGCUUUAGCAAUGCUUGCCGGCACAAGUGGCUGCCACGUUGCAGCUGCGCAUGAGCGCAUUCUUUUCUACAGUUGCCCCAGAAUCCAACCACAUUCACCUGUGCCUGAUGCUGUCCGCGUCAGCGGGCCGCGCUACAUCUGGACCGACAUGCCAGAGGAGCUUGCGGAAUUGGCAGGCUUGACAGAAUUGCUCCGGGAUCCAGAACGGGCGGUGGCAGCAGUGCGACCGGACUAUGACCGCCCGAUGCUGCAAGGCGGGGAAGCAUACACAUUUUCUCUGCGAUCUGACCAUGCCCAUCUCACAGAAUGCUUGGCAUUGAGUGAUAUAUAUAUAUAUAUAUUUAUAUAUAUAUAUAUAUAUUUUUUUAUAUAA